AGUUCAGCUGCGUUAGCGCGCCCCUUUCUCUGCUGUGGCGCCAUCUGCAGGUGGUACGUUUCCCUACUGGGGGCUGCUAGUAGCAUGACUAGAUCGACUGACUGAAGUGACCACAACAGCCCACCCAGAGCGAGAGUAAAUGAAUAAAGCAAAGAAGUUCUCUGUAGCCAAAGUAGCUGCAAUUUUCAUCAGAUUCUCUAUGAGGUUAAAGAGCAGUGACGGAAGACCUUCAGCUCCACUGGGUUCACGGAUUCUGACCAGUCCUGAUGACAUCUUCAAGCACAACAUGUGGGAUCAUGUGCAAUGGACAGAGGAGGACAGGGAAAAUGCACGGCAGAAGGCGGAAGAAAAUUCCACUGUACGACUUCCUUUAAACGAACAAGGUAAAUUUGUUACAGCAGCUUGCCAGUACUGGGACAAGUUUUAUGAGAUUCACCAGGACAAGUUCUUCAAAGAUCGCAGGUGGCUGUUUUUAGAAUUCCCAGAGCUGCUGCCUUCAGGUGAAAAAGGCCGGAGCACAAACAUGUGUCACGGUCAUCAGCAAGCAGCCAUUCAACUAUGUAGUGCAUCCAGCAUGGACACUGAAAAGGGAAAACAUCAACGGUGCAAUCCCGUUGACCAUCACAGGAAUACAGACACCUUUAACUUUCAGGAGUCCUGUCAACAAGCUGCACGAGGAACGAAUGAAGCUGCUGUGGAUGAUUCUGUUUUUCCUGGACAACGUGCAUCCUUCAGGAUCCUGGAGGUUGGAUGUGGAGUAGGUAACAGUGUGUUUCCUAUUGUAAACAACAUCAAGUAAACUCAUUUUUUAUACUGUUGUGACUUCUCACCACGUGCCAUUCAGCUGGUUAAGAACCACCCAGACUACGAUGACUCCGUGUGUCACGCCUUUGUCCAUGACAUUUGUGACAAAAUGGCCACCUUCCCAUUUCCUCCUCAGAGCCUGGAUGUUAUUCUGGCAGUAUUUGUGCUCUCUUCCAUUCAUCCAGAGCGCUUGCAAGACAUUGUGAACCAUCUGUCUGCAUACCUGAAACAUGGUGGUGUGCUCCUUUUCCGUGAUUAUGGGAGAUAUGACUUCUCACAACUCCGUUUUAAGAAAGGACGGUGUCUAUCAGAAAAUUUCUACACACGUGGAGAUGGAACCUGUGUUUAUUUUUUCACAAAAGAGGAGGUUCAUGAUUUAUUUUCCAAAGCUGGACUGGAAGAAAUUCAGAAUCUAGAGGACAGACGACUGCAAGUGAACCGAGGAAAGAAAGUAGUAAUGCGCCGGGUGUGGAUGCAGAGCAAGUACCGGAAACCAUAUCCACCUUCAACCUCUUAGCAUCCCACCAUGCAGAGCUCUAACUAGAACUGUGUAUUUUUCAUACUUUUAUACUUAAACUGGUUUAUUUGGGCCUAGUAAUAACUGUUUUUUGGAGGCAGCUGGGGGUAAAAUAUAUAAAACUCAAUAAAAAACAAACAGA